GAAAGAGCGAACGCGUGUAUGGCGAAAUAGGCGGGUGUGGAAUAUUAAUUAUUUUUUUUUAAAUUGUAUUGUCAAAAUGAAAAAUUGCUAGUGAUGCGUCAAAAGAAAUAUAUGUGAAUUUAUAAUAAAAAAAAAAUAAUGGAAAAAUAUUUAAACAAAAAAAAAUUAAAUUUAAGUGAAAACAAAAAAUAAAUUAAGUAAAAAGAAAUAUCUGAAAAAAAUUAGAAAAAAAAUACCGAAAAAUCAUUUAAGUGAAUAUUCUCACAAGCAAAUUGUAUAUGCAAACAGUAUGUAUAUGCAAUAAAAGAUUUCUCCAAAUGUCAUUGAUGAUAACAACAGCUCAAAUCUUCCCAAUUAGGUAGAAUGCCACUUAGAAGACUGUGACAAACAAAAUAUUUCAUUAAAGUACAGCUCACAUAUUAAAAAGAAGCCAAGUGUUUGUAUAGACCCACAAAUGAAUCCAAGACGACGCUGAGGAGGAAGGAACAAGUGGCAUUAUAAAAAAAUCGACCAAAUAUAACGAAAAAAAAAAAACAAUCAUCCACUAAAGGAAAGAAAUAUGAAUGGGACAAUUAAAAGUAAUAAAGAUUAAUUAACAAAAACAAAAACCGAAACAGAAACAGAAACAAAAACAACAAUAACAAAGUUAAAAAAAUAUAUCAACACCAAAACAAACUAAAAAGUACGGCAUACAACCAUGCCGAUGAUAAAAAGCAAUUAAAACCACAUUCACUUGCGAGAAUAGCAACAAAAGCAAAAAAACGGACCAACCAGAGAAAUAAUCAGCCACAACAAGAGCAACAAAACAACAACAAUUACAAUCUGAAAUACUUGCAACAAGAAAGCAGUGAUAAUUUUUUUCCUCUUUAUUUGGUUUUGCAAUAAUAACGUAAGCGAGAGACAGUCGGGCAAUAGCAAAAAACCAAAUCCAUAAAAAUGUGAAUAAGUGGCAAGCUAAAAUGCUGAUAAGCUAGAGACUGCCAAACUCUAAAAGGAAACAAAAAAAGAACAAUUCCAUAACAACUCCAGGACCUAGGGACAAUUUCAUAUCAGAACCAGACAACCACAAACAAAGAAAGAUAAAAACGUGGGACUGCAUUUAAAGUCUAGUUAGCCCACUCCCCUAAAUAAAAACGCCAAAGCCAAAGCAACAUCAAACAGUAAACAACAAAAAGUUGACAGCUCCCAUUGCAGUGGUGAUUGACACCACACCCUGCCUAACUGACUGGCCUGACUAGCGAUCAGGGUGCCGAAGCAAAUACCUCGUAAGCAUUACACUCCACAAGUAGCAGCACGCACUCAAAUCAAUGCGUACAAAUUGCUGUCACUUGCCGCUUCAAAAUGCAGAAUUCAAAACGAAUUUAUCAUCGAUAUCAACAACAACAGGCAUUAAUAGCUGCUGCCAUACUCAUGGCAUUGCUGGUAAUGCCUGUUUUAGUCACUUCCGUUCGCCAUAUUGAUAAUGACGAUGAGUAUCAUGAUGAGCAACAGCAGCUGCUGCGUCAACAACAGCAAAUGCAAAUGCAUCAACAGCGUCAAAAACAGCAGCAGCAAGUGCAGCGUAGACGCAGCAGCAGCAGCGGUGGCCCAAUAGGUGCUCUCACCAUUGCUAAUCAACGGCCAAAUGAAUCACAGCAUUGGAAACGCAUUAACAAACAAACUUCGAGUGCUAUGGGCUAUAAUAACAACAACAACCACUAUUACAACAGUGCUAAUAACAACAACCAUCAAUAUGCUAACAGCAACAACAACAAAUUGUCCAUGGCUUUAACCAAAUACUCAUCACAAAGUACAGAAAAUCAAUAUGCCGACGAUGAGGAAGAUCCCGAUGUCAACAAUGAUAAUCAGUAUCAUUCACGCGAAGAGGAUGAUGACGAUGAAGAGGAUAUCUAUUCGGAAGACUCAACGGAUGUUGAGGCAUCAGCGGAUUCGAUAAUGUCAUCGAAUGUCAAGCAGACAAUGCAACAUCCACCGUAUGAUUUCUACAAUUGCUGCAAUGAAGUAUUUGGCUCAUGUAGAACAUCCUGUGAAAAUCUAUCUUUGGUGCAACUAACGCCAUCAGAUGUGAAUGGUCGCAGCAUGCGCUUAGAGUUGAAAAAAUAUUGUCCUUCAAUGCAAUUGGAAUUUUGGUCAUGCAUGAAUAGGACCUUAGAAGCAAUUGCACGCGGUUCUCAAUGGUCUGGACGUCGCUGCUGUGCCUUAGGAGUUUCCCCACGCUGCAGUAAUGCGUGUGCCACCAUGUCCUCGACGGGUGAACUAAUAAACGCAUGUCGCCAAAGUGAUGAGCAGCAUAUGUUCGCAUGUUUCGAACGUCAAGAAUCUGGCGAUCGGUGUUGUGGAAAUGCACGAACCUCUGAAUGUUUGCAGGCCUGCCGUGAAAUUUUCGAGCCUCAUCCAACGCACAAACGCAAUAAUCGCAGACAUCUACAUGAAAUGUGUGGUGAGAAGAACGCGGAUGUUUUGCAAUGUGUCAAGAAUGUGACCGAUAUGUCACCCGUAACCAAUUCUCACAAAUAUUUACCCUGUUGCGAUUUUUCCGAUAGUGAAAAUUGUCGCAUUACCUGCCGCACGGUUUUGAAUACCACCGAAAGCACCGACAUCAUUAUAGGAGAGCUGGAGACGGGAGGAUGUGGCACCGUCUUGCCUCAUCUGCCUUUGUGGCAAUGCUUUUUUACUGCAGAGCGCAAAAUGUUUGUACCCGCUGUCAUCAGCACUAAUCACGAGACGGAGGUAUCACAAAUCAAUCGCUUGGGUAUAGAUGGCGCCAAAUUGCAUUGCUGUGAGAAAUCACUGACAGCCAAAUGUCGUCGUUUGUGUUUGCAGACCUACACCACGGACUGGACCAAUACCAUGAACAAUUUUGAAUCAGCCUGUUUAAUGCAACCCAAUGAAUUGGAACUGCGCCAGUGCAUUGAUGAAGUAGACGAACCCUGUGAACUGGGCUGUGAUGGUCUUAGUUUUUGCACCAACUUCAAUAAUCGACCCACUGAACUUUUUCGCAGUUGCACCGUGGAGGCUGAUAUGGCUGCCAAAUCGGAUUUGUUAAUGUGGCAGCAGAGGGGUUACGUCAGCCUGCCUGGGGUAAAUUUGCCCAUUAAGAAUAUGACUCGUUGUUCGCCAGAAAAAUGGAAAGCCAUAGCCUGUGUCCUACAAACUAAGCCUUGUUCCAGGCAGGGUCAUUACAACCACAUAUGUCGCGAGAAUUGCUAUGAAAUUUUAAGUGAAUGCAUGGACUGGACUCGCAUGAAUACUUCUCUGAAUGCAGAUGCCAUAUGUGCUCGGCUACAUCCCGAGGGAGAGGGUGUGCCCUGCAUUUCCCUAAGGCCUUAUCUGGAAGAAAGUGAUGCACCCAAGGACACGGGUGGACAUCACCGAAUAACUUCCCCUUGCAAAGGUCAUCCCUGUAAUGCCAGUGAAGUAUGCUUGGCCGCACGUAAUGGCUCCUCUUCGUAUGAAUGCAUACCAGGUUGUGCUCUGGGAGAGACUUCCAAUUAUUUGGUGCCCUUUGGGGCCUAUGUUCGUAUACCGGUGCAGUUGACAGCCAGUAGAGGAGGUUUCAAGGUAUGCCGCUGUGGUAUACAAGGACGCAUAGAACACUGUCAGCCCUUACCCAGUGUUUCAUAUGAGAAUUGUGUGCUUCCUGGGGGCAGGAAAAUAAAACAUGGCUCCUCCUUCUAUUUGGAGUGUAAUCUCUGCACUUGCUAUGCCGAGGAGAUCACCUGCACCAAGAAGCAAUGCAAAAUGCCAGGUUACACCGACGUCUCCUAUACCAGUCUGCCUUGUAAUUGCCCCACUCAUUAUGUGCCGGUCUGUGGCAGCAAUGGUCGUACCUAUCCCUCUUUAUGCAUCGCACGUUGUUUGGGCCUUCAGGAUAGUGAUUUGGAAUAUGGUGCAUGUUCAGUAUGGAAUCCUUGCGCUCCAGGAGCUUUCCAUUGCCCGGCGGGCAUGCAAUGUUUGGAGCAUAGACAAAUAUGCCUAUCAUCUAUGCAUAGGCCCUGUUUACAGUACAAAUGUGUUAACCAAACACUGCCUUGUGAAGGUUCAGAGCAUGCCGUUUGCGAUACCAAAGGCCAUACCUUUAAUUCAGCCUGUGAUCUCCUGAAUACAAAAUCCAGUUUCUCCCAUUGGGGUUCCUGUAAUCGUGGCUGCUCUUGGAAAGGUCCUGUCUGUGGCAUUAAUGGAGUCAACUAUCCUCAUGAGUGUGCUGCCUGGUCGAACUAUAUCUUGGUGGAUUACAAGGGUCGUUGUCGUGAGGUGGGCCUUUUAAGUCACGACCUUGAACGCAAACGUUGCCGUUCUGUAAAAUGUCCUGACCUUCCUUCGCCCUAUUGUCAGGCCAUAACUCCACCCGGAGCCUGUUGUCCCCUAUGUGCCUCAGCCUUUCGCAUAAUGUACUCACGCAAACAAAUUGAUCGAGCUCUCUAUGCCCUAAGGGGUCAACAUAAGGAUUUGUUAACUCUACACAGUGUCUUGCAUGAAUUGGAUAGCUUGAUACAAGUAACCGAAUGCCAGCUAACUGGUUUCCUCACCAUGGAGGUGGGUAUAUUUGUGGCCAUAGUGCCUAGAGCCUCAACACCCACACGCAUGCAAAUUGAAGCUUGCAUCCGAGAAGCGGAGAAACUAUCCGCUCUAAUAACAGCACAAUCACAUAAAAUCACCACAAAUUUGAUACUCUCUGGCUUGACAAUGUCCACUAUGUUGGAUCCAAGUAUUGAAAAUUCUGCUUUUAGUUUUGGGACUAUGAGUUCAAAUAUCAUGCUAAUUUGUGUGGCACUUUGUGUUACACUGAGAAAAUAUUUGAUAACAUAGUCUUAGAAAAUUGUGAUGAAAAGUUGGGAAACUAAAAAUGGUUUCGUAAAAAAUGUUCGCUAGAGGGAACUAUUUAAAAAAUUGAGGGUUUCUUAACCCCCACAGAGUGGAGAAGAAGGUAGCAAAGCUUUUUGGAUGAAUGAGAAAACUAAAGACAAUUCAGUUAUUCCCCUUGGCAUCAUCCUCUUAGUCCUAUACACCUCUUUUCAAUAUCUUUUUAUCUCAAAAACCUUCUUAGAGCCUUGAAGGGCAUAAUUUUUUUCUGCAUACCAAACUUCUGUCAAACCAGCAAAAAUAAAAGCUUCUAAGAACAGAACAAGGUUGAUCGAGAGACUGGUUUACAUGGAAGCAAUAUCAGGUCAUAGACUGAUUUGGACCGGAAUAGAACACUGCAGCCAAAUCGGACAAAAAUUGCUUGUAAAGACUCAAGAAGUCAAAUUGGGAGAUCGGUUUAUGUGGGAGCUAUAUCAGUUGUUAAAACAACCGAAUUUUCCACAGUUAUUGGAAUUCGUAACAGAACACUGCAUGCAAAAUUUCGGCCAAAUCGGACAAAAAGUGCGGCUUGCAAGGACUCAAUAAGUCAAAUCGAGAGAUCGGGGACUAUAUCAGGUUAUAGACCGAUUUAGACUGUACUUGGCACAGUUGAUAAAAGUCAUAACAGAACACUACAUGCAAAAUUUCAACCAAAUUAGACAAAACCUGCGGCUUCCAGGGGCUGAAGAAUUCAAAUCGGCAGAUCGGUUUAUAUGGGAGAUAUAUCAGGAUAUAGACUUAUAUGGCACAGUUAUUGGAAUUCGUAACAGAACACUGCAUGCAAAAUUUCUGCCAAAUCGGACGAAAAUUGCGGCUUGUAAGGACUUAAAAAGUCAAAUCGGGAGAUCGGUUUAUAUGGGGGCUAUUUCAGGUUUUAGACCGAUUUGGACCGUACUGGGCACAGUUGUUAAAAGUCAUAACAGAAUACUACGUGCGAAAUUUCAGCCAAAUCCGACCAAAAAUGCGGCUUCCAGGGGCUCAAGAAAUCAAAUCGGGAGAUAUGGGAGCUAGAUCUAAAUCUGAAUUGAUAUGGCCCAAAGACGUACUAUCAACAUGCUUCCUAAGUCCCAAACUAAGCUCGUCAGCUACUUCAUCCCCGCCAAUUUCUUGUUGGGCCGGUCCUAGCAAAGCCUGACAGCCUUUUUCAUGAUUAGAAAAUUUUCUUUGCAUCUCCCAACCAGAAAUCGUCUUGGAUUUCUCGCCCGACAUCAUAGCCCUAACGCAGCCUAACAGUUUACGUAUGUAUAUCGAGUAAGUUCGUUCGGGCAACCGUUACUUGGACAAAUUAAUCAUCUUCAGGAUUUUUAACGUUACACCCUUCUUCUCAUUGCGCUGGAGAUCAGCUUUGUAGCGGUACCCCAUCAAUUAUUCGGCGAAGGUCAUCCAACCCCUUGUUCCAGGCCUAUGUCCCCAUCUCGAAUUGUAACAUGGUUAGAACUUUUUCAGAACCAUUUUGACCCAGUCUUCCAUGUUCCUUUGCCAUGCGAAGGUUUUAUGUGAGGGAAGUCCUUUCGCAGUUCUUACGAAUGAGUUUUCUCUCAAUAAUUGUUCGCUAUCUUUAGAACAUAUUUAAAGCAUUAUGCACAACCUAAAACUUUGUAUAGUGCUCACAUACAUAUCUACAGUAGAGUUGGCAAAAUAUCCAUGGCACUAUCGAUAUUUUAUUUUUGGUCUAUUUUAAGCCUCCCGACAUCUGACCCAAGUAUGGUUCAGAUCGGACUAUAUUUAGAUAUAGCUGCUAUAUAGACCGAUCUCCCGAUAAAGGAUCUGAAGCCCAAAAAAAGCUUUAUUUUUUAACCGAUUUUGCUAAAAUUUAAAACGGUGAGUAGCUUUGGGCCUACCAAUAUAGGACCCAUAUAUGGUUCAGAUCGGACUAUAUUUAGAUAUAGCUGCCAUAUACACCAUUCUCCCGAUAAAGGGUCUGAAGCCCAAAAAAAGCUUUAUUUUUUAACCGAUUUUGCUAAAAUUUAAAACGGUGAGUAGCUUUGGGCCUACCAAUAUAGGACCCAUAUAUGGUUCAGAUCGGACUAUAUUUAGAUAUAGCUGCCAUAUAGACCGAUCUGCCGAUAAAGGAUCUGAAGCCCUUAAAAGUUUUAUUUUUUUGCCGAUUUUAUCUGAAAUUUAAAACAGAGAGUAGUUUUAGGCCUACCAACAUUUGACCCAAAUAUGGUUCAGAUCGGGCUAUAUUUAGAUAUAGCUGCCAUAUAGACCGAUCUGCCGAUAAAGGAUCUGAAGCCCAUAAAAGUUUUAUUUUUUAUCCGAUUUCGCUGAAAAUUAAAAAGGUGAUUAGCUUUAGGCCACCCGCCAUCCGACCCAAAUAUGGUAAAAAUUGGACUGUGUUUAGAUAUAUCUGUCAUAUAGACCGAUAUGCCGGUUAAGGGUCUGAAGCUCAUAAAAGCUUUAUUUAUUACCCGAUUUUGUUGAAAUUUUAAAUACAGCAUUAAACAGUGACUUAUAUUUAUAAGACCACUCAAUGUCCGUGCCGAAUUUGGGUGCAUAAGUUAUAAAAUUUUUGUCGGAUUGUAACGAAACCCGAGGUGGGUGGGUGGUGGGCCGGGCCGAACUUAAUGCCUUUUUACUUGUUUUGGUUUUAAUCCGUCCAUGCAUUGAUAUUGCUUCUAUAUAAACCGCUAUCCUAAUCUUUACUUCUCAUUUUUGUUUUAAAUAUAGGUGGUGGGAAACAAACGAUAGUAUCGAUAUUUAUCAUUACAAAUAUCGAAUAUUGCGAAUAUAGAUAAUUUGCCAGCUCUAAUCAACAGACAUAUUCUCUCUCCCGCUCCCUUUCUUUAUUUCUCGUUAUCUCUCUCCCGUCUCCCUGCCUCCCUCCCACACCUUCACUCUCCCUGUCCCAUUCUUUCCCCUUUUCUCUCUUUCCACCCAGCUUUCUCAUGCAACCUUCUCUGAGACAUUUCCCUCUAAUAAUGCCACUCUAGAAAAACUAAUUCUCACCAACUUUUUUCUGAUUUAUUUUAGAAUUUUUGCUCUCUCAUCGUGACAUUUUGCAAAAUUUAGAUAUAACUUAAAAUCUAAUCUUACAUGU